AUGAAGAAGUCAUCAUCUCCCAUAUCACUGAUUAAUUAUCUCAUACUGGAGAUCUUGUCGAGAUUGCCUUCAAAGUCAGUCGCGAGGUUUCAUUGCGUAUCGAAGCUAUGGGAUUCAAUGUUGGGUAGUCCAUAUUUCAAGGAGCUGUUCAUGACCAGAUCCUCGGCUAAGCAGCGUCUCUUAUUCGCCAUCCACGAAAACGGUGUGUGGAGCUUCUUCUCGUCACCUCAGUCGUCGUCGACUCUUGUAGCAGACGCCGAAUUUCAUGUGAAGUUCUCUCCAAAAGAUCUAAAGAUCUCUUAUUGUGCUGACAUAAGAAAAUUUUCAUGUGGCUACGCCUCUGGCUUGCUCUAUAUGUAUGGUGAUCGAUACGAAGCUAGACCUGUGAAAUGUAACCCCAUCAUAGGACGGUAUGCGAUCUUACCUAAUCGGUAUACUUACAGAAGGGCUUAUAGCUUUUUUGGGUUUGACCCGAUUGACAAACAACAUAAGGCAUUGUCCAUGGCUUAUCCAUUUGGUCCUGGUCAUCAUAAAAUUCUUACAUUUGGAGAUGGAGAUAUGAUGAUCACGAACACUCUCCAACCUGUUGAGAUCCAAUGUUUUGGUGAAGAAGUUAAGAACUGUUGUAGCGUUCUCACUUUUCUAAACCACGUAGAGGAUCUUGACGUUAACGACAUAAACUACUCAAAUCAGUACAUCCUCCAUUGGAGAAGGCAGAAUAUAUGGGACCAUCAGAUUCAGAAUCAGACUGAUCAGAAGGGACAAGGAGAAGAAGAUAGAGACAAGAUUGGAGUUAGGUGA